AUGGAAAAGUGUGUUACCCAUUAUACAGACAAUCAUUGUAAAACUAAUAAGGGCCAGUUCGUCGAAGCAUCCGAUGGAGGCAAAUUUGACUUGAUCUCACCUGCCACAGGUGAAAAGUUUACACAAGCAUCCGAGGCUACUGAAGAAGAUACAAAUGCAGCCGUCGCAGCAGCUAAAGCGGCAUUUCCAUCAUGGUCUUCCCUCGCCCCGCGCGAGAGAGGGGCAUAUCUGAAGAAACUCGCUCGUCUUAUGUUGGAAGCCAAGGAUGAACUUGCAGAGCUUGAGGCGCUUUCAAUGGGUCGUCCAGUGUCGAUGUACUUCGAGGCUGAGUUGGCAGCGGAGUACUUGGACUACUAUGCUGAAGUGGGAAUUCAGGCGCUGGGAACCUCGAGCUUGAAUACUCCCGGUUUUGUCAAUAUGACAAUGCGGCAGCCGUUUGGUGUGGUGGGAGCCAUUAUUCCUUGGAAUGUGCCUGUAGCUUUCCUUAUCGGCAAAUCUGCCCCUGCGUUGAUGGCAGGGAACACAAUCGUUGUCAAGAGCAGCGAGAAAGCACCAUUGACUUCUGCCAAGGUUGCGACUCUUAUUGAAAAGGUAGGAUUUCCACCAGGAGUCUUCAACAUAAUUUCAGGCCACGGACACAUCUCAGGCAAUGUCCUCUCGCAUCACAUGGAUAUCCGGGUGAUUAGCUUCACUGGCUCCGGUAGAACGGGACGUCUGAUCCAAGCCGCAUCCGCCAAGUCCAACCUGAAGAACGUUAUUUUGGAACUAGGAGGAAAGUCGCCAGCGAUCAUCUUCGAAGAUGCGAACAUCGACAAAGCUGUUGAACAGACAAAACACUCCGUGCAGUGGAAUAGUGGUCAAGUCUGCAUGGCCAACUCCAGAAUCUAUGUACACGAAUCCAUUGCUCCAACUUUCAUUGAGAAGUUUCAGAAGGCCUUUGUGGUGGAAAGUGGCGAUCCUUUGUUAGCCAGCAUCAACCACGGCCCCCAAGCGGAUGAAAUGCAAUACAAGCAGGUCCAGGCCUAUAUUGGCCAAGGCAAGAAGGACGGCAAAAUGAUAAUGGGGGCUGAACCUUCCAAGCAUACGAAUGGCUUUUUCGUCCAGCCGACCCUAUUUUUAGACACACCGGAAAACUCCAGAAUCAUGAAGGAGGAGAUUUUUGGGCCGGUGGCUGUCAUCAACACGUUCAAGGAUGAGGAUGAAAUUGUUGCUAAAGCGAACGACACCGAAUUUGGUCUAUAUGCGUCUGUCUACACCAAGGAUGUCAGUCGGGCGCUUCGGAUGGCUAAGAAAUUGGAGUCUGGAAAUGUGGGUGUUAACUGCACCAGCCCGACUGUAGCUUUGGAUAUGCCAUUUGGGGGAUACAAGUCAAGCGGAGUCGGUCGCGAAGGAUGGACUGUUAGCAUGGAUAAUUAUCUGGAAACAAAGAGUGUGUAUAUUAGUAUUGAUGAUGCUUGA